AUGGAGUGGGUAUGGGGGUUUCUUGGAGGCGGAAAUGCUCCCAAGCGGCCGGUACCAAAAGCCGCCGCCAACGACCCCCUCUUGCGCCUUGCCAAGUUCAAACGCGUCUACCACACAAUCCUCCAACUCUGCAACCGGCCGCGGAACCUGACCAGCGAAGGACCACUUCUCGACCAACUCCAAUCAUGCCUUGGAAAGGUGGUCACCCUCAUACGAGAGGAAGCACGAGCGCCCAUACCACACCCAUGCCUGCAGUUUGUCGCGGCAAACCAGGUGUAUGCCGUCUGCGCUCGAGCAGCAACAGUCUCCCAGCAUGAGCCGAUCAUACAGUCGACGGUGGCUGUAUAUGCGGCCCUCGUGGACAGCGAGGAGGAGGACUUCCUGUCCAGCGCGGCGUUUGCUAAGAGCUUGAUGCGGCUGGUCAGGAAGGUGGUGGAGAGUGGGACAGUAUUGGUGACCAUUGAUACCGAGACGGCGAUACUGGAGCUACUGUUCACCAUCUCAGCUAAGAUACGGCUACAACCGGAGAUAUUGUCCUCUUGGUUCCAGUCCUCUGUGAAGCCAGAGCUUGAGGAUGUCUUCUUGACUGAGAAGAAGAGCUUCGUGGGCAUUACGCAGAAAGACGACUUCCCACUAUGCUACCUGCUCAUCGACCGCGUACACCACGAUGGCCGCAUCGGCGACUUCGCUCGGACUGGACUGCUUUACAUCUUCGAAGCCACCGGGAGAUCAGACGACCUCGAGCAGUGGGUGGUUUCCAGCGAUCUUCCAACUUUGAUGGCUUCUGGCCUUGGAGCACUCUACAGCCAGCUCAACAGAGAGCUCAGUAUCCUGCAUCCGGACGCGACUCUGCCGGCUGUUCUUGCUAUGAGCGAUUACAGUACCACGCACCCGCGCGCCACCGCCGAGAGCGCGUUUUCGGAACGACAUCGAAGUCACAUGGCCACCUUCUUGUCGUAUCUUGCAUUCUGGCAGGAUGUGCUUGACCAUUGUAGCAGCGCAGAUGUCAAGCAGACGCUUCUUGACCACUUUCAGAUACUCUUCUUGAGGCAACUUCUGUACCCUUCGCUACUGCAGUCAAGCGACACUGAUGCUGGAAGCUCUAUCGCAGUGCUUACGUACAUGACAGCAAUGCUAGAAUCCUUAGAGUAUCCCGACCUGAUGAACAUGAUGCUCGAGUAUCUCCUGGCCAUUGAAGGAAGCUCACCUGCCGUCCAGGAGGCACCACUUUCACCCACCACACCUCGGUCACCAAAUGCUACUCGGAGGCGGCAGAGCUUGAUGCUUCUGACGACACCAAAUGACCCUAAUGACGCCGUGGAGCCUAGUUUGUUCAAUCUGGUCGACCUCAUCAUGAACAACGUCACCUCGAAGAAUGAUCAGUCAGUAUUUGCGGCGCUCAAGCUCGCUUCUACAUUGCUUAACAGGCAGAAGAACUUUGCUUUCGGUACGCUGCUGAAUGUGCAAAGCUGCAGACGAGAUGCUGUUGGGAGGACUACUGGAGCUCUCGAUGUGGAGUUGGAGAAGCUGAAUGCCAUUGCCACUUCAUUUCACCACGGAGCUGAGGUCGACUGUGCCUAUGCUGGCCUUACUGAGGAUACUCGACUCGUCAUCGAAGCUCAGAUACCUUUCCUGGACACGAAGCCUGAGCAGCAUGGUUCCAAGCAGAUCGGCUGUUAUCGACUCCCCCAAGAAGACCAUCUCCUCAGAGCUAUGCGAGAUCUGCUGGCAACCUUUUUCACGAAUAGCGUGGACGUCAAUCUCGGCCUCACGCAAGCGAUCAUCUGCAUCGCACUCUGCGUCGAAGUGCGCCUUGAUGGCUGGCUCGCCGUCCACCCUUCGAACUACCCGAAAGACCCCACCACACCUGGUUCGCAAAGAGACUGGCACGCCCACCUCGACGAAGACGAAAAUGCCGCACUAUCCGCCGUCAAGAAGGCCGCCAAUCCCCCCACCUGGUCCGACACCACCGCACCACUCAUCCACACCACCCUGCAAGCCCUCGCUUCCGAGCUCGACGCCCUUCGCGCCACCAUUCCGAACCUCGACCACCUCAUUUCCGGGCGGAAGCACAUGCUGCAAGCCACCGGCCACGAUACAGCAAGCCAUCCGCCUUCAUCUGUCGCGAGCCCGACUCAGGCUACUUUUCUCGAAGUACCGAACAAGGCGACCAAUCACAGCCGUAGUUCCAGUCAUUCCAGCCUUGCGAUUGCUACGGGCAAGGCAACCGGUUAUGGAUCGCCUGCCAGCCUUGUCGCGUCGUCAUCGCCAACACGCAAGGCUGGCGAUGGUGAGGAGAGGAGUAGCUCGACUCCCGUUGCUGUGCCCACUGCGAAGUCCUCUGUGUUCUUACCGCCGCCGCCUGAGACGCCGAGUACGACUGAUGUGCUCAUGCAGACGAUCAAGUUCCCGGUGAACAAGGCUGCAGCGGGUGAAGGUGUCGACGUCGCAGGUGAGGGCGAAGAGGUGAGGAAGGCGAGUCUCAACCACGUGCUUACGAAUGUGGUGGUGUUGCAGGAGUUUGUGCUGGAGGUUAUUGCGGUGUUGCAGGUUCGGGCGGCUGUUUUGGGGGAGAGGGAGGUGAAGGUUGUUUGA